CUCGCCAAAAUCGCUCGCCCGCGGCUGCGAAUUCGUCCAGGGACCACUCCUAUUUAAAGCCUCUCCGUUCGCCUCCGAGUUCUCUCGCAUCCAUCUCUCGCUAGGGUUGCCGAUUUCCUCUGCCGCUCUCUCUCUUAAUCUUGUUCCGUCCUCUUCUUUCCCAUAAGACUUGAGAGAUCGUUGGGGUCUUCGGGUUCUUCGCCGCCGUCAUCGAGACACAGUGUUUUGUCAUUGAAAAGAGGUGUGAAUGUUUUAAUGGAGUCCAAAGGUGGUAAGAAGAAGUCUAGUAGUAGUAGUUCAUUACAGUACGAAGUUCCCCUCGGCUACAGCAUUGAAGACGUUCGACCUCACGGUGGAAUCAAGAAGUUCCAGUCUGCUGCAUACUCCAACUGCGUGAGAAAGCCAUCAUGAUAUCCCUGUGGAUGCCCUCUUUCCUAGAGUAGGAUUUUCCAAAUUUCUGUUUUAAUUUCUCCUUUAAACCAACUUCUCUGGCUAGCUGCUUUCUAAUAAGCAAACCUCACUCUCAGUCUCCCUCCUUGUCUUUCUUUCUUCUCCUUCAUCAGCCACAAGCAUUCUCAUGCUUGAUUCAAUGGCAAUCUUUUCGGUUGAUUCCCCAAACCCUCCACCUGUCUCGCCAAUUGGGUUUGAGGGCUAUGAGAAGCGCCUUGAGAUCACUUUCUCCGAGGCGCCCGUCUUUGUGGAUCCCCAAGGCCGAGGCUUGCGUGCCCUCUCACGGGCACAAGUUGACUCUAUUCUGGAUCUGGCACGGUGCACUAUCGUGUCUCAGCUCUCAAACAAGGAUUUUGAUUCUUAUGUCCUUUCUGAAUCAAGCCUUUUUGUCUAUCCAUAUAAGAUAAUCCUGAAGACCUGCGGGACAACGAAGCUCCUACUGUCCAUUCCUAGAAUCCUCGAGCUGGCUGAGGAGCUUUCGCUCUCUCUUCUGUCUGCAAAGUACUCCCGCGGGACUUUCAUCUUUCCUGGUGCCCAGCCAUCUCCGCACCGCAGCUUCUCGGAGGAGGUUGCAGUCCUUAAUCAGUUCUUUGGUGACCUCGGUUUGGGUGGUAAGGCUUAUGUGAUAGGCGAUCCAGCAGUGCCCAACCGUAAGUGGCAUAUAUAUUAUGCAACCCAGAAGCCUGAACUGCCCAUGGUUACUCUUGAAAUGUGCAUGACCGGACUGAACACUGAGCGGGCAUCGAUCUUCUUCAAAAAUUCAGGGGACGGACAUUCUUAUUCUGCUAAGGAGAUGACAAAGCUCUCUGGAAUUUCUGAUAUCAUCCCUGAAAUGGAGAUAUGCGACUUUGAAUUCGAUCCCUGUGGGUACUCAAUGAAUGGGAUCCAUGGCCCUUCUCUCUCCACAAUCCAUGUGACCCCGGAGGAAGGGUUCAGCUAUGCUAGUUAUGAAGCCAUGGGGUUCAACCCUGGCUCAUUGGUGUACGGGGACUUGAUCGAGAGAGUUCUCAAGUGCUUUGGCCCUUCUGAGUUCUCUGUUGCGGUUACUAUCUUUGGUGGGCGCGGGCUAGCAGGCAUGUGGGGGAGGAAGGUGGAAUUAGAUGGCUAUGCCUGUAAUGAUCUGGUGGAACAGGACCUGCCAGGUGGUGCUCUGCUGAUGUACCAGAGCUUUUCCGCUUCUGCUGUGUCGCCAAGAUCCAUCCUGCAUUGCUGGGAAGGAAAUGAUGUGGAGAAAGCUGGCAAUGAUAAGAAGAUGAGAUGCUGCUGGGAAGACGAGGAGGUGGAGGAGGAGAAAGAUGGGAAAGAUAAGGAGAUGUUCUGAGAGGAUGGUUAUCGUAGUGAAAGCGAGCUUUCUAAAAUCCAGUCGUCGUGUGUUCUUGUGUUCCUUUUGGCUUAUUUAGUGAAGCAGCCAGCCAGUCUAUUUUGUGUUUGCUUAUGUUAUUGUUAUGUGGUAUUCGAGUUUCUUAAAGUGGUAUGUGACUUCAUAAGAGCUCUAGGUGGCUAGCUAUGUCUGCCACAAUGAGCAGUCUGAUGUUUGGUCUCGUAUCUGGACCUUAAUAAAUUUAUAGAGCUUGAAUAAAAAGUUUUGAGGUUGGUUACUUC